GAUUAAAAUUCAUAAAUAUGUAAUAUUUAGAGACCAUUUAGUCAUCCCUAUGUAUAUUUCAAUAUUCAUGGCGGCGCUAUAAACGUGGCUUCUACUAACUUAUAACACGUGAGAUUGUGUCCCUGGAUAUGACUUCGUGACUUGCCGAGUUGAGUUGAGAAACAGAAAGAUCAAGCAUGUCUGCAUCACCAAUUGCAAGGCAAGCUACUCAAAGCCAAAGUAUACCUUUGAAGAAAAUUGUGUUCAAUGAUCCCAGUCAGUUACCCGCUGAUUAUUCAUCCACUCCUGGUGGAACUCUUUUUUCGACUACACCUGGAGGUACCCGCAUAGUUUAUGAACGUGAUUUCUUGAUGAAUUUACAAAAUUCUCCUAUAUCUCGAACACCACCUCAAAAUAUAUCAUCUAUACCCACGGAAAUAUUGAAGAAUUCAUCUGCAGUUAGUACAACACCUGCAAAAACUCACAUUAAUAGAGAUACUUCAAUAAUUGAGGAAUCUGCGGAACAGUUUGAGAUGGAUAUGUAAAAUAAUCUGUAAUUACAAUGUGUUUGCAUUGCAACAGCCAUUUAUAUGAAUAGUAAUAAUCGGUGCAUCACAGGAAAACGUAUUAGUAAUGUAUCUUUUUGUAUAAAUAUAUCAUUGGAGAUCUUAGUGAUAUAAGUCUUUGUACAAUUUCAUUUGGAAAUAUUAAAUAUAAUGAAAUAAUUGUA